AUGUCCUCGCUGGUGAAGGAGGACUUGGCGAAGAGGCUGUUUGGUCCCCGGCGGCAGAGGCUGCACGAGUUCAUCGAGGUGGAGGGCUCGGGCGCCGGGCGCUGCUACCUGUGCGCCGCAGUGACUAGAAGUGAAGAAGUAGAAAUAUGUAUGGUUAAACACUUGCGAGUGGAUCGAGAGGAGCAAUAUGAAAUAGUUGAAAAGUGGUUUUUGAAAGAUCUGGAGAUGAUUGAUGGAAAAGAAGCAGAUACUGAUAACCCCUAUUUUGAUAUGCAUUUCCACAAAGUCUACAACCUGGAAGCAUACAGUUGUGCAUCUAAAUAUACCUUUGCUCGAACGCUAAACAAACUAAAUGAAAUGUACCUUAAGAAGGACUUGAAGAUUGUGAACUUUGAUGACACCUACCUAAAUGAUGAUUCAAUCUGGUCAUCCAACAAUAGGGAUUGCUUAGUACUUAUGAGGAUAUGCUUCUAUGCUUCCAACCUUUUAUGUCUCUCCCUGUGUCCUUUGUCCUAA